AUCGUCAAUAAGCAUGCCAGAAUACAUAUUCCAUGCCCUUUGGAAUUGCAUCAGAAGCAGUCGUUUCGCUUUUUCAGGCUUACGGAAACACAGUAAGCAUUUGUUCCUUAUGUAAACUCUGCCCAAAUACAAGUCUGAAUCUUGGAAAUAUUCCAUAAAGACAAAAUUUACCGGUAAUUUUGGUAUUUUGAAAAUCGUUUCACGUAAAUUGACGUAUAAUGUGGUUUGAAAUAUUAAAUUAAAAAUAAUAUUGUUUUAUUUAUCCAUGAAUUGCGAUAGAGUAAUAUGGUUGUUGGAUAAAAUAACCCAGGAUUUUACUGUCAAAAAAAAAACAAAUCUAACGUCAACCAAACGUCAAAUAUUUCGAUUAGUCGGGAAAAAUAUUCAUGCUUGAAAAUAACGAACUUUGCCUGUAGUAUACAAUGGUAGUAUACGCAGUUCGUCGCAAACUGACGAAGAUGAUUGCCGAACCGAAAAGAUGGUUCUAUCCUGCGCAAGUAUAUGCCCAGUUCACUUCAAACGAAGAAAAACCUUCAAAGUUUUACAGUGACGAUAGAGUGAAACAAGAGGAAAACGCUACGAAGGGAAAUAGACCUUCCGACCUCGCUGAUGUCAUUCAGGUGUACGAAACAGGCUCCGUGAAAGUUGAUCCUAAUUAUGCUCAAGUUGUUAUAACCUGCAUCAAUUCAAAGGACACUGUGGAUGCAGUCAAGACUAGUGUGAACAAACGUGUCGAUUACAUUUUGCAAACAUUGCAUUCACAUGAUAUCGGCAAGAACUUUUACACUGUUGACAGAUGUUUGAAUCGAAGUGAAUCAAAGUAUGAACUAAGUGUUGAAAUUACCGUCCAGUUCACAAACUUUACAAAAUGUCAAGAAGUCAGCAACCUCUUGGUGGAGAAACUUGAUAGCACUGUGGUGGUAUCAAGACCUACUUUUCAUUAUUAUGAUGGACAAAUUGAAAGUUUAAGGAGGCAAUCGUGUGUUGUGGCUGUUCAAAAUGCUAGGGCAAAAGGAUUGGAAAUAGCCAAUUCCCUUGGCCAGACUUUGGGUCCGGCCAGGUUUAUACAAGAACUAUCAACAGAGGAAUUCACUGAAAUGGAAAUCAGGUCAAACAACGUCAAUGGUAGGAAAACAUUCCAAGAGAUGCUGAAAUCGUCCACAUUGACUUUAGUCACAAAAGUUUUUGCAGUUUUUGUGUUGAAAGUGAAGAAAACUUCACUAAAAAAAUAAAUAUUAAAGCAACCAUUUA